UGGCAACACUGGUCCAUAGUCUAGCCUUUCUGUUUUGAUUCAACGUAUUUUGUCAGCCUUUCUGUUUUGAUUCCACAUCUUUAUUCAGAUUUCUCUCUGUACUGUCUCUCCUUUCAGUGUUGCCGUAUCGUAGUGGUCUUUGUUCGUUACUCGUUAUUCGUUACUCGGUGGCGUCGGUGUUAAUUCUUCAAUCGGGCAGACUAUUUGACAUACGAGGUGUUUUUGUCGCAUUAAAAAUAAAAUUGUAAAUUUUGUGUCGGGCAGAAAAGAAAAACAAAUAAAAAGCAGAAAAUUGGAUAAUAUCAUCGCUUCCAAUCAUGGAUAUUCAUUCCAUUUGCCGGAUUUGCUUGGAGUAUUUGCAAAAUGACAAUGCCUACAAUUUGUUCCUGGUCGCUGGAUUGAAGAAAAAAUUGUGUAUGUGUACGGCGUUAUCGGUGGAGGAGAAUGAUGGCUUUCCCAAGAAUAUUUGUGGGGUCUGCUAUACCCGUCUCAAUGAUAUGGCAGACUUCCAGAGACUUUGUGCCGAUUCGGUGCAAAGAUUUCAGGAGCUUGUGGCCAGUCAUGUUGUUACGAAUUUUCCACCCAACACUUUCGACAUGAUGGAGGCGGCCCCAGUCACCGAACCAAUUGAGGGGGUCCAAUUGGGUUUGCCAGACGAGGAUGAGGACAAUUUAAAUUUUGAUCCUUUGCUAACUAAUCAUAAAAUGGAAAUGAUUGAAAAUGAGGAAGAUGUAUUUAAGAUGCUGGAAAAUGUGGACAAGGAGGAACCAGAAGACGAUGGAAUUGAGACGAAAGUGGAGAAGGAGGAAAUAAAUGAUUCCAACAGUGAGGAGUCCAGUGGCGAUGAAAAGGACAGUGAUUUUGAAUAUCAAUUUGGAGGCGAAAAUUACGAUGACGAUACUGACAGUGAUGAUGACAAACCAUUGGCAACAAGAGUAAGACACAUUAAGAAGGAGUAUAAGGAGGAACAAACGGAAGAUGAUGAGACAAAGGAUCCCAAGGUGAAGCCGAAACGUAAACGUAUCCCCGCUGCUGAACGUCACUUGCAUCGCAUCAUUGAUUGCCACAUUUGCCAUCAGAAAUUCAAGAAAACAAAGAACUAUGAGGAGCAUAUGAAGUUUCACAACGACAAGUUACCCUUCCAGUGCGAAGUGGAGAAUUGUAAACGUGGGUUUACCACAGCCUACGGACUGCGUUUGCAUGUUGAGCAUUGUCACGAUGAAACUGUGGAGAAGAUACCUUGCACUCAGCCAGGUUGUGAUAUGAAAUUCACUCGUCGUCGCAUCUUGAACUGGCACUUGAAGAGGGUCCACAAAAUUGCCAAGGAAGACGUACCCAAAUCAUAUCCUUGCAACGAAUGUGAAAAGGUAUUCAAAUGCCCCAUGGCCCUGAAGAAACACAUGUUCAAGCACACCGGCCAGGAGUUGCCAUUCCCCUGUAACAUCUGUGGUAAACGUUUCGUCAUCAACAGUGCCCUCAAAGACCAUCUAAUGCGUCAUGCUGGCAUUAAGAAUUAUGUAUGUCCCUAUUGUGGUGUGGGCAAGACCACUCGCCAGGAAUGGAAUACCCACAUAGCCACCCACAACACUGAAAAGAAAUUCAAAUGCGACCUGUGUCCUCAUGCUUCGCACAACAAACAAAAUCUGCGCAUGCACGUACGGGUGGUACACGAGAAGAUCAAGGAUUAUGCUUGCCAAUACUGUGGAAAAACAUUUGGCAAAUCCAAUGCCUGUAAGAUGCAUGAAAUGACACACACGGGCGAAAAGAAAUGCGAAUGUAAAGUUUGCGGCAAACGAUUCCUUUAUCCAAAGGGCCUAACCAAACAUUUGAAGACGCACGAGAAAAGGGUACUACGGGCCAUUGAGGUUUAUCGUAAGAGACAAGUUGAGUCUGGUGAAUUACCUCCCGAACAGGCUGAUGCUAUUCCAGAACUACCUGAUCCCGAUAAUACACAGGAAUCCCAUCAGAAGGUUGCAGAAGAAAUCCUCAAAGUGUGUGCCGACUCGGUCAACUCCAUUCCAAAGGAUCCAAGGAGGGUUGAGCGGGUCGACAUUGCCGAUCUGGCUGGUACUGCUGUCAAUCCCAUACCUCAAUUGGCAUUGCCCUCAUGGUCGCCUCAAAUUAACUUUAUGAUGAAGGAAGGAAAAUACACAUGUCCAGAUUGCGGCCAAGGUUUCAAUGGCUCUGGAAAUCUAAGAAGACAUCAUAAAAUUGUCCACCAGGGCGUAAAAGAUUUCGCCUGUCGUUUCUGUCCCAAACGAUUUGCUAAAGCACAAACUUUAAAACAUCACGAAAUGACGCACACCGGUGAGAAACCACACGCUUGUGAUCAAUGUGGCAUGCGUUUCAUUCAAGUUGUUGCUCUUAAACGUCACAUGAAGGUGCAUCAGGAACGUCCCACAUUUGUUCCUUCGACAGUUUAUCAGGCCAAGGAGGAAUUGGCAAUACAGCAACGUGACAAAUACGAGGCCAAACGCAAAGCCCAAGCAGAGCGCGAGGCUAUUGCCGAGGAAGCUCGCAAACAAUUGGAGGAGCUGAAACGUCAGGAGGAGGAAUUGCAACGCAAACAACGAGAAGCACUAGAAAAUGUGCCCAAAGCCAUUCCAAAAGAACGAUUGCCACCCGGCGCUGACAUUUCUAUUGCCACAAAUGUCUUGCCAACCGAUCUUGUUGGCAGGCAAGCCGCAGCCGAGGAAGCCCGUAGGCAAUUGGAAGAUUUGAAUCGCCAAGAGGAAGAUUUGCGACGUAGACAACGUGAAGCAUUUGAAAAUAUUCCCAAGGCAAUUCCCAAGGAACGUUUACCGCCUGGUGCUGAUAUAUCCGUAGCCACAAAUCUAUUGCCAGGCGAAUAUAUUCCCAAUUCACAAACCCCACAUGGCAGCAUGGACCAUGAAAAUCCCUCAACUGCAAACCAUGAAAAUGUUUAUCAUCAGGAUAAUUUAGUUGAUAUGAAUUAUAGAUAAUGUAAUACGAGUGAGUUGUAAAGCUAUACAGGCAGCAAUAUUUGCAAAUCCUGUGAAUGAAUGCAUCUGGGUAGACUGGGUAAGUCGUUAAAUACCGAAUUCGUAUAGAAAAGAACUAAAAUUUAAAAUAUGCAAUAGUGCUUAAAUUAUUUGAUUUUUUUAAAAAACUCUGCAUAGCAUUUCAUAAUGGAAUGCGUUGUAGUUUUCCUAGAUUUGUACACAAUGGGAUAAUUGAUUAAGAGAUGGUGAUUUGAACAGAAAAUUAGAUUUGGAAAUUCAAUAUAAGAGAGAAUUUUAAAUUAUUGAAAUUCAAAAAUUUUAUUACAAUUGUAUACAAAUUUGUUUCACCUGCUGCAUUUUUAAGAUAAAAUAAAUAAAAUAAUAAAAUAAUUUAAUGAAAAUAUUCCAUAUUUUUCAGUAGGUCGUGGUAGUUUCCCCUUCGUUUGUAUUUUUUUACAAUUUUUCAGUUCAUUGUUUUUCUUCCCUCUACCUUGGAAAGAAGGAUAUAUUAUUGUUUAUUAUAUUAUUGUCAUUCCGUUUGUAACGUCUCUAAAUAUUCGUCGCAGACCCCAUAAAGUAUAUAUAUUCAUAAUCAGCAUAAAAUUCUAAGUCGAUUUUACGAUGUCCGUCUGUUCGUCUGUCUGUCUAUUGAAAUCAAGAUACAGACCACAUUAUUUGACGUAGAGCCUCACAAUUUUGCAGAACAAUUUGUAUUGUGUCUAGAAUGGCUGGUAGUGAAAAUGGUCGGUCCACGUUUUGGUAUAGUCCUCAUAUAACGGCACCUUCCGAUAUUCGGUAUUUUGAUGAUUUUUGCAACAUUUUUUCACAGAUUUGUCUGAAAAUUUGUAUUUGUUGGUCAUCAUGGGUUCUAGCUCUGGUGGCGAAACAUUGUAUGUAUAGGUCCACGUUUUGGUAUAGCCCCCAUAUAACGGUACUUCCCGAUAUUCGGUAUUUUAAUGGUUUUUGUCACAGUUUUUCACGGAUUUAUCUAAAAAUUGGUAUUUGUUGGUCAUCAUGGGUUCUAGCUCUGGUGGCAAAACAUUGUAUGUAUAGGCCUACGUUUUGGUAUAGCUCACAUAUAACGGUACCUCCCGAUAUUCGGUAUUUUGAUAGUUUUUGUCAAAUCUCUUCGCGGAUUUGUCUAAAAAUUGGUAUUCGUGUGUUCUAAUGGGUUCUAGCUCCGUUGGCGAAACAUUGUACAGGUUCACGUUUAUGCAUAGCCCUUUAUAGCGGCACCUCCAGAUAUUCGGUAUUUUGAUGAUUUUUGCCACAUUUUUUCACGAACAUGUCUAAAAAUUGGUAUUAUGUUCCAUUACAUAAUUGGUUCUAAUGUUACAUUACCCUAAGGUGGAGGGUAGUAAAAGUUCGGCCCGGCCGAACUUAAUGUUUUUAAAUUGUUUUUUUUUUUUUUUAAGAAGUUGAAGGGGAAAUUGUAGUUCAAUUCUUCUUUAAAUUAUUUGCAACAAUGUUGAAGUUAAUAUUUUUUAGAUUUUUAAAAAUUUUCAUUGAUAAGGAGUCUCAUAACUAUUUUUAAUGUUCCUUUUUAUUUGGCAAAAGACCAACAAAAUUGAAAUUUGUAAAUUGUUUUAUUGUCGAGUGUUUAGUUAAAAAGUAUUGUCCCAUUGUGUACCGCUUUAAAUCGAAAAAAAGUAUUUUCAGAGAUCAUAUACGAGAUAACCGUUACAAUUUUGGGAUAUGUAUAAUUGGCAUUAGAUUAUAGUGGAUGCAAAUUCAAAUGCACACGGUUCAAGUAAUAAAUGAAAAACAA